AAUUUAGGAGUGACUGUGAUAAAGAUGCAAAUAAUUAUAUUCUUAACAAUUCGUUGAUAAGCGACAUUUUCAUACAAAUUAUUAUUGAGAUUUGUUAUCUACAGACGACGUGUUCUCGCUGAAUACUUUGUUCGAAAGUUUUUCUUUAUAAUUUAACAAUGAUAUUCUCUAACGGAAGUAGGAUAAUUAACAUCAAAAUGCGUGCUAUGAACAAGAUAUAUACUGCUAUGGCGACUUAUUCUACUAAAGUUUCGCUGAAUGAAGUGGUAAUUGCAUCAGCAGUAAGGACUCCAAUGGGAUCCUUUAGAGGAAGUCUAGCUAAUCUUUCUGCUACGGAAUUGGGGGCUGUUGCUGUUAAAGCAGCAAUCGAAAGAGCCGGCGUUCCUAAAGAAGAAAUCAAAGAGGUUUAUAUGGGCAAUGUGUGCUCGGGAUAUUUAGGCCAAGCUCCAGCAAGACAGGCUGUCAUAUUUGCAGGUCUACCAAAAAGCACAAUUUGCACUACAGUGAAUAAAGUAUGUGCAUCAGGAAUGAAAUCAGUAAUGCUAGCUGCACAAGGUCUACAAACUGGUGCUCAAGAUAUUAUGUUGGCAGGAGGUAUGGAAUCUAUGUCAAACGUCCCCUUCUAUUUAAAGAGAGGUGACACUACAUAUGGUGGUAUGCAAUUAGUUGAUGGUAUUGUGUUUGAUGGUCUAACUGAUGUGUAUAAUAAAUUCCACAUGGGUAACUGUGCAGAGAAUACAGCUAAGAAAUUAGAGAUAACAAGAGAACAACAGGAUGAAUAUGCUAUUAACAGUUACAAACGCAGUGCAGCUGCCUAUGAGGCUAAGGCAUUUGCCGAUGAAUUAGUACCAGUGCCAGUGCCACAGAAAAGAGGUGCACCACCAGUAAUGUUUUCUGAAGAUGAAGAAUAUAAGAGAGUUAACUUUGAAAAAUUUACUAAACUUGCAACUGUUUUCCAAAAAGACAAUGGUACAGUCACAGCUGGAAACGCUUCAACGUUAAAUGAUGGUGCUGCAGCUUUAGUAUUAAUGACAGCUGAAGCAGCUCAGAGAUUGAAUGUAAAGCCCAUCGCAAGAGUUGUUGGAUUUGCAGAUGGAGAAUGUGAUCCUAUUGAUUUUCCAAUUGCCCCUGCUAUUGCUAUCCCUAAACUCUUAGAAAAGACUGGUGUCAGUAAAGAUGAUGUAGCCCUUUGGGAGAUCAAUGAAGCCUUCAGUACAGUAGCUGUAGCUAAUCAAAAAUUAUUAGGGCUAGACCCGGCCAAGGUGAAUGUACAUGGUGGUGCAGUAAGUCUGGGUCACCCCAUUGGUAUGUCUGGAGCAAGAAUUGUGGUUCAUUUGUGCCAUGCAUUGAAGAAGGGUGAAAAAGGUGUAGCAUCUAUUUGUAAUGGAGGAGGUGGUGCAUCAUCUAUUAUGAUUGAAAAAUUGUAAGUUGGGUGUGUGAAAAUCCCUGGUAGAAUUAUGGUUAUGGCUAUAUAUCUUGAUAAAGAAUUAAUUUUAUCUGUAUUAUAAAUUAUAGAAUAAAUGUAAUAUUGGUAUAGCCCAUGUAUAGAACAUGUUUAUAAAUUUUUACUUUUAUAAAGUUUAAACUUAACUUGUAAUAAAUAGAAAAAAGUGCCUUGCUGCUAUUUAAGAAUAAAUAAGUUUAUUUCAUCAGGGUAACUUAAGUUAGAGUUUGUUAAGUUGUGCAGUAUGAUAUAUUCUAUGCUAUAUAUUUUAUCUUAUGAUUAAAUCAACAAUAUUUA